AUGGUUCCAUAUUGCAGGAACGGUACAUUUACUGGCCGUGAGAGUGUCAUCGAGUCGAUAAAGGAAGUUUGCAAAGGUGGCGCUCAUAACCGAGUUGCACUCCAUGGGUUGGGGGGUUGUGGGUAUGUAUUUGGUGUUCCCUUGUACCUGUAUGAGGUUUACUAAUGUUGUUUAGAAAAACCCAGAUUGCUUUAGAAUACGUUUACCGGCGUUCUAGUGAAGGACGUUGCCAUGUUUUUUGGGUGCAGGGAAGUGGGAUAUUGAAGUUUACGGAGGGUUUCAAGGCUAUUGCCCAGCAUGUUCGAAUUCCUCUACCGAGGACUGAGGAGGAUGGGGAGGAAUUGCUCCGGCGUACAAGGACAUGGCUCGAAGGUCCUGAUAGUGGCGACUGGAUCCUAGUCAUCGACAAUGCCGACAAUGACUCGGACUUUAUUGGAAACAAUAGCCCCAUUUCUAAGUUCGUACCGCAAGGGCGUGGAGGAACUGUUAUAUUCACGACUAGAUCUCGGCAGGUCGCAAUUCGACAGGGCUGUAAAAUUGUUUGGGUUAGCAAGAUGGAACCGGGGGAGGCUCUGGAGCUGUUUUCCAAGCGAUUUCAUAACUGGCAGAAGUUGGGAGAUGAAGAAAAAGGGACUGUUUCAAGGAUCCUAGGCUCGGUGGAUCACGUGCCGCUAGCUGUCGUGGGUUCGGCAGCUUUUAUGGCCGAGAAUGAGACAUCACCCUCUGUUUACUGGUCUAUUUUCCGCGAGAAUGAUAAACGAGCGAAGGAACUACUUUCAGAGCAGUUUUCCGAGCUCCAACGUGAGGUCGACAUGACCGAGAGUAUCCUGGGCACCUACUUUAUCACUUUUGACAGAAUUACCGAACAUGUGCCCCCGAUGGUAGAGCUUCUCGCGUUACUUGCAUCCAUCGAUCGUCAGAACAUACCUAAGGAGCUACUGACUCAUUCGGGGCUGGAGGGUAUGGAUGAUCCUCUUAAAUUUUGUCGGGCGAUUGGAAAACUAUUGAGGUUCUCACUGGUUACGGAAGUCGAACUCGAAGGCACAACAUUUUAUGAACUUCACCGUCUAGUCCAACUCUCUAUUCAGGCAUAUCUAUCGAUAGAACAAGCCAAUCAGGGGAGGGCUACGGGACUACGGGCAGUCUCAAGGCUGUUGCCUAAGUAUGAGUAUAAACGGUGCAAUAUCUGCGCGGCCUACAUGUCUCAUGCGCUAGUAUUAACUAAAGAUUCAACGGAUACCAUUGCUGAAGACCUUGUCUAUCGCAUGGGAAACCAUUAUAUGGAAAUGGCCUCCUAUAAUAAUGCCGAGAUUCAGAUCCGCCGGUGCAUUCUGCUUCGAGAAGCGGAUAAAGAGCGAGACUGGAACGGUGAAAACCUCUCACGAAUUAUUCUCUUAGGAGCGGUGUACUUCUACCAAGGAAGGGUGAAGGAGGCAGAGGUGAUGUUUCUUAAGGCCCUAGAGGACGUGGAGAAUAGUUCCGGAUCAGAACACCCUAAUACUUUGAUGGCUGUUAAUAACCUGGCCCAUGUGCUACGGAAGCAAGGGAAGUACGAAGAAUCAGAGGUGAUGAAUCGCCGUGCAUUGGAGGGGUACGAGAAAUGUUUUGGAUCGGACCAUCCUGAUACUUUGAUGGCUGUCAACAAUCUGGCUCUGGUGCUGUGGGAGCAGGGGAGGUACGAAGAAUCAGAGGUGAUGAAUCGCCGCGCAUUGGAGGGGUGGAAGAAAUGUUUUGGAUUGGAUCACCCUGAUACUUUGAUAGCUGUGAAUAACCUUGCUGUGGUGCUGAUGGAUCAAGGAAGGUACGAAGAAUCAGAGGCGAUGAAUCGCCGUGCAUUGGAGGGGUACGAGAAAUGUUUUGGGUCGGACCACCCUAAUACUUUGGCGGCUGUCAGCAACCUAUCUGGGGUGCUAGGAUAUCAAGGGAG